UAACCGGCCAGGCAGGCAAAUCUGAGAUCGUUCACUUCAACAUUGUACCCAAACGAGUCGGUUGUAACUCUGUAUUUCUGCUCUAUUUUAGAGAAUAUUUUCAAGCAUUUCAGCCAACAUGAAUGGACAACGUGUAAUUAACUUUGCUGCUGGGCCAGCCAAGCUCCCAUUAUCUGUGUUGGAGCAAGCUCAGAGGGAAAUGUUGAACUACAAUAAUAUGGGAGUCAGCAUGAUGGAACUCAGUCAUCGGUCCGCAGAGUUUUCCAAAAUUGUUCACGAAUCCCUUCAGGAUAUGAGGGAUUUAUUGCAAAUACCAGACAACUACAAGAUCCUACUGCUUCCAGGAGGGGGUACCGGUCAGUUCAGUGCCGUCCCCAUGAACCUACUUAGAGGGGGCACGGCAGACUACAUCGUCACUGGUAGCUGGUCAGCUAAAGCGGUCAAAGAAGCAGAGAAAUACGGCAAGAUCAACACAGUCUACCCUAAACUAGACAAAUACACAAAAAUACCCAGCCAGAAGAAUUGGAAUUUAAAUCCUGAAGCAUCCUACGUCUACUACUGCGACAAUGAAACAGUUAACGGAGUUGAGUUUCCAUUUGUACCUGAGACAAACGGUGUGCCUUUAGUCUGCGAUAUGUCAUCAAAUUUCCUCUCUAGACCAAUUGAUAUUUCAAAGUUUGGUCUGAUCUACGCUGGAGCCCAAAAGAACAUCGGAUGUGCUGGCAUAACGGUCAUCAUCGUCAGAGAAGACUUAAUCGGCCACGCCGUCAGAGAAUGCCCGGUAAUAUUUGACUACAAGGUACAGGUCGGCAACAACUCCUUAUACAACACUCCACCAACGUAUAGCAUCUACAUCAUGGGUCUCGUCUUCAAGUGGUUGAAGGAGCAAGGCGGUGCAGCCAAGAUGGGGGAGCUGAGUGACACAAAGUCUUCCAUGGUCUAUGAUAUCAUCAACAACUCAAAUGACUUCUACUCUUGUGCCGUUGAGGAGUCCGCAAGAAGUCGCAUGAACGUUGUGAUGAGGGUCGGCGGGAAAGAUGGCAACGAGGAGUUAGAGAAGAAAUUCUUGGAGGAAUGCCAGAAGUUGGGAAUGGUCUCUCUUAAAGGACACAGGUCAGUAGGAGGGCUUCGUGCAUCGUUAUAUAACGCCAUGAGUGUACCAGAGGUCAACAAACUCACAGACUUUAUGCUGGAUUUCAUGGCAAGAUAUAGGUAGACCAAAGUUAUGUCGUCAACAGACAAUGAUCACACUGGUGAUUCAAAGAUUAUUCAUAAUUUUGUGAAGAAUUUUGCUGGACAAGUCUUUGAAGGAAUGUACUUCAAAAGCCGCCUAUUUGGAUGGAACCUUGCAGCUGUGGACAGCGGAAAUCGCCUUCUUUGUAAUGUACAUACUUUCAUCCAACAGAACUGAAAACAUUUAUGUUAAAAUAAUUGUUAAUUUCUGUCUUGAAUUUAAUUUAUGUGCAUCUUUAUGACCUAGCAUGGUCUGAAGUAGAUUAAGGAAGAAGUUGCCUUCGAAAACAGGAUUCUGUUUUGUAUUUCUUUUAAGAGCCCCCUCCCCCCUUAUGUAUUCAAAACAAGAAAAACUGUAAUCAGCAAAUUGUUGCCUUUUGUAAACAUGUUUUUUAAAAAAGCACUGAAGACGUAAUAUUGUAUCAAACAAAAUACUCUGAAAUUAAAUUCUUAAUUUUCAUUGAUAAAUCUUGAAGACAAAAUCCUGAGCACAAACUAACUAGCACAAAAAGCACAAACCAAUGUGAAGUUCUGGAACGAUUAACAGGCCCCAAUUUCAUUAAGCCUGUAAGCAUAAAAAUGUGCCGGCACAGAAAAAUCUUGCUGAAAAAAACCAAAUGUGAGGUUAACAUUUUUUCAACCGGUGCCCCACUCAUUUUGUGCAGAGCAAAGAUAUUUACUGAGCAGUAUUUAUUGCUCAACACCGCAUGAUGAAAUUGUAUCCAACUUUAUUUGCAAAACGGAUCAACUUAUCACAAGAAUAGAUCACUUGUUGAAUGAAGUGAUGGCUAUUUAUAAUGUUGUUUAAAUAAUGCUGUCAGAUAGGGAGAGGUGAUAAAUGUUUUCCUGACCUCUGGAUGUUAUUGCCUCGUUGGUAUUUUCCCCAGUUAUUUUCCAUCAUGCGUUUUUAACCUGACAUACCUUGGGAGUGCCUGGUUUGACCCAUGUCCUGUGAGACGGGUCAAGUUCCACCCUGGAUAUAGUUGUGGAGGCUUUCCUGUAGAGUCUGUGUGUGGAACUUUUAAACAAUUUCCGCUGUACAUGAGUUCAAUGUUUUAAAGGUCCGUGACAAGACAAAACACACAUGUACACAUGUUUUAUGAGCACAUCUGGGGGAAAAUUACAUUGGGCACAAAUUUAUUUUAAUACUUAGAGAUAGAACAAUUAUACCACACAAGUGAAAAGAAUGUGGAAUAUUGAGACGAAACGCCCAUGUUAUUUGUUUAUUGGGCAUGUCUGUUAAAGAGGGGCAAUGGAGAAGUUACCUGUUUUCCUAAACAAAACACAAUGGUACAUUUGAGAAUAUCCAACAAAAUAUUUCGGUUUUCUUUUCGAGGAUGAAGUUAAUUCGGAAUAUAUGAAAACCUAACAAUUAUGCCACAG